UCCAACCACUUUUUGCUCAAAAUCCCAAAAUAAUACUUACUUCUAUUAAUAUCUAACCAUAGUUACUGAAAACUAUUUAUAGAAAUUAGUGCAUUCAAAAAAACAAUGCUCCUCAGCUUCCCAUCACCAUGAAAGAAUUACGAAGAAGUUCUAAAAUUCUAAAUAAAGCCUUCCAAACAAUAUAUCUCCUAGCUUUAAACCUAAACCGAUUAGCUCGUUCUCCAGCAACCUUAUAUCACAGCACCCGAUCGACAAAUAAAUCAGUGACUACUCUUUUAUCCGUAAGAUCAGCGAUUCUCCUCCUUACAAUCUUAGGAAUAUUUAUUAAACCGAUAAAACCCGAAAAUUUUCUUCAAUGCAUGACCACUAGACAUUUAAGCACAGUUGUUUACACAAGAGAAUCUACCUUAUACUUCCCCUUGUUCCAAAAGUCACAGCAAAACCCAAGGUGGUUGAAUACCUCCUCGGCAUUUAAACCUCUCUACAUAGUCACACCAUUACAAGAGGUUGAGAUCAGUGCUACAGUCAUUUGCAGCAGGGAAAAUGGCUUACGGGUUAGAGUUCGGAGUGGGGGUCAUGACUACGAGGGUCUGUCCUACUUAAGUCGAACUCCCUUUGUCCUCAUUGAUCUCGUGCCCCUUCGAGACAUCGAGAUAAACAUGGAGGAUAAAACGGCAUGGGUGCAAUCUGGGGCAACUCUAGGAGAGCUCUACUAUAAUAUUGCUCGGAAAAGUAACACUUACGGUUACCCUGCUGGCAUGUGCCCCACUGUGGGAGUUGGAGGCCAUAUCAGCGGGGGAGGGAUCGGGGCUCUAACACGGAAGUAUGGUUUAGCAGCAGAUUAUGUGGUCAAUGCCCGCUUGGUGGACGUGAAUGGGCGUGUAUUGGACCGGAAUUCGAUGGGCGAGGAGGUAUUUUGGGCUAUCAGAGGUGGUGGAGGGGCAAGUUUUGGAGUGAUCACAGCAUGGAAGAUCAGAUUGGUUCCAGUUCCUAGAACAAUUACAGUUUUGACGGUGCAUAAAAGUCUUGAACAAGGGGCUAAUAAGCUCAUUGACAAAUGGCAACGGAUAGCGCAUAAGUUGCCUGAAGAUCUGUUCAUAAGGAUCAUAGUACAGAUUAAGGGUGGUGGAGGUUAUGGAGUAAAGAAAACUGUUCAAGCUUCUUUCAACUCUAUGUUUCUUGGGAAUAUUCAGAGCCUAAUGCCAUUAAUGAAGCGUAGCUUCCCUGAGCUAGAAGUGAAGUCAAACGAAUGUAAAGAACUAAGUUGGAUUGAAGCGGUCCUAUACUUUGCUGGGCACCCUAGCGGCACACCAAAAGAAGCUCUUCUAGACAGAGAUCAUCAACUAUACAAGAAAUACUUCAAAGGAAAAUCCGACUUUGUAAACCAACCGAUACCAAAAACCGCUCUUCAACAAGUGUGGGAUAAGUACUUGCAGGUAAAUGAGGCUUACAUGGUAAUGGAACCACUAGGUGGAAUAAUGAAUCGCAUAUUGGAAACCCAAAUAGCUUUCCCUCAUAGAAGAGGAAACUUGUACAAUAUACAGUAUAUAGUAAAAUGGCAGGUGAAUGAGGAGGAGGAAGCUAAAAGACAUAUUCAAUGGGUGAGAAUGCUUCAUAAUUUCAUGAGUCCAUAUGUUUCUAAAUCUCCAAGAACAGCCUAUUUCAAUUAUAAAGACCUAGAUUUAGGCAUUAACGGGAUUAACGAAACUACAAGCUAUCUAGAAGCAAGGGCUUGGGGUACAAAGUAUUUCAAGAAUAAUUUCGAGAGGUUGGCCAAAGCGAAAAGCAGCAUUGAUCCAAGUGAUUACUUCAGAGAUGAACAAAGUAUUCCUCCGUUUAGCUAAAUGGACUAAUGGUGAACGUAUGUCGGAUCUUAUGUCUAGUUCCUACU